AGAAAAGAAACAGAAAACGAGGGGCAGCUGAGCUGACUGCGCCCGUUGCUGGGCUACUUCCAAGAUUUUCGAGACGGCCGCCUCGUCUUCUGCAUCGCAUAUAAAGUGGCAUUGCCUUGUCUAGUAUCUGUUUGUGUUUCCGUUCAGCGUUUUUAGCUUUUCCCGCUUUUACAGGCCCGGUUCGUCGUUGCUAUACCGCCUCGGGCAGAACACGAGUCUAUCACGUACCGUUUGGCCGAAGCCCUUAGGUAACGUCGUGAUACUAGUGAGAUCCACUGCAAUUGGAGAAAUAAAACAUUCGCCAAAAUGGAUCGCACCACGAUCAUCGAAGCUUCCAAGAAGCAUGACAUCGUCCCCGGCACCUACAAAUAUGGCACGGCCGGUUUCCGCAUGGCGGCCGACCUGCUCGAGGGCGUCACAUUCCGAGUUGGUCUGUUGUCGGCCCUAAGGAGCCGCAAGCUGAACGGGCAGGCAAUCGGCGUCAUGGUCACUGCCAGUCACAACCCAGCAAAAGACAAUGGCGUGAAAAUCGUCGACCCUAUGGGCGACAUGCUUGAGCAGGAAUGGGAAGUCUACGCCACAGAUCUCGUCAAUUGCAAGUCCCACGAUGCUCUCGCAGAUACCUUCUUCAAGCUCGCCGAACAGCUCAAAAUUGAUGUUUCUGCCUCCGGCAAGGUUAUUGCCGGCAGGGAUACUCGUCCCUCCGGUAUCACCUUGGUUCAAGCCCUUUCCGAUGCUUGCGCAGCUACCAACACGGCUUACACCGAUUACAAGAUCCUGACCACCCCUCAGCUUCACUACUUGACUCGCUGUGUCAACACCGAAGGUCUACCUAGCUCCUACGGCGAGGUCAGCGAGGCUGGCUACUAUAAGAAGCUCAACAACGCUUGGGAGCGUGCUAUGAAGGGCAAGCGUGUGAGAGGUUCGCUCACGGUUGAUUGCGCCAAUGGUGUUGGAGGUCCAAAGCUCAACGAGCUUUUGAAGUACAUGGAUUCCUCCAAGACCGGACUCGACACCAAAGUCGUCAACGACGACGUCUUGAAGCCUGAGAUAUUGAACCUCGACUGUGGUGCCGACUUUGUAAAGACACGCCAGAGAGCCAUCCCCAACCCCAAGCCUCAGCCAGGUGACCGCUGGUGCUCGCUAGACGGCGACGCUGAUCGUCUGAUUUACUAUUGGCUCGACCCCGAAACCAGCGCCUUCUUCAUGUUCGAUGGUGAUCGAAUUGCGACCCUCGCAGCUUCAUUCAUCGCCGAUCUUGCUCGCACUGCAGGCGUAGAAGAGGAACUCCGCAUUGGAAUUAUCCAGACCGCUUAUGCAAAUGGAGCAAGUACCAAGUAUGUCGAGCAGCACCUUCAGCUCCCUGUUGUCUGUACACCUACCGGUGUCAAGCACCUUCACCAUGCCGCUUGUGCCUUUGACAUUGGUGUUUAUUUCGAGGCCAAUGGACAUGGUACCGUUCUAUUUUCAUCGGACGCCAUGGAAACUUUUGCCAAGAAGGAGCCUCAGUCACCCGCACAGAAGGAUGCUCUUGAUACCCUGCAAGCCCUCGGUGAGCUUAUCAACCAGACUGUUGGAGAUGCUAUCUCCGAUAUGCUUAUGGUUGAGGUCAUCCUUGCCCACAAGGGUUGGGGCUUGAAGGACUGGGCGAUGACAUACACAGACCUUCCCAAUCGAUUGGUCCGGGUCGAGGUUGGCGACAAGGAUCUGUUCCAGACCACUGAUGCUGAGCGGAAGCUCAGCCACCCAGCCGGUGUGCAGGAUGAAAUCGACCAGUGUGUCAAGAAGUACACGAAUGCCAGAUCAUUCGCUCGUGCUUCGGGUACAGAGAACGCUUGCAGAGUUUACGCCGAGGCCGCGACCCGGUCUGAGGCGGACGAUCUCGCCAACAAGGUGGCAACUAUCGUGAAGCAGUAUGGCGGCGGGGUCUAGGCGGCCAUCCGUAAGGACCAUCCGGAUAUCACCCCGGAGAACGUCAUGCUGUUGGCGCGCUACAUGAACUAGACGAUGUCAUGAGUGAAUGAACGGAACGGGACCAGGGGGAGAAGAAGAAGAAAAAGGAUUGUUCUGCUAUAUAGAUAAGAGUAACUCACCAAAAGUAUCUUCUCAUAUUAUUCUUAUAUUAUGUCUGG